AUGCGCGUCGCCAGUAAUUAUAUUGCUCAUAUUUGUCAUACUUGCAGCCCUAUUACCGGUCCUGUGAGCUGCAUUGGUUACGAAAGAUUGCCGAAUUUGGUAACAGAUUCCAAGAGACGGUUACAAUCGCCGAGAAGCGGCCGAACUCGGUACACUGCCUCGGCGACGGGCGGUACAAAUUCCUCUUCUAACGCGGAUGACGCGGCGGCAAUCAAGGCCAGACUCCGCGCCGCGAUUGCGAAGUCGGAGCGCGGAGUGGUAACAGACGAGGCGAUUACUCGCGAAAUUCUGGCAGCUAUUGAAUCGCUGGAGGAGCUAGGAGGAGGCGGAAGAGCGGACGAGAGGAAGGAAUCUCCUGUGACAACGUCUGACGAAUCAUUGAGUGCCACGUGGAAGCUUCUAUGGACGACUGAGAAAGAGACGCUCUUCAUUUUCAAGCAGGCUCCCUUGUUCAGCACCACCGCCGGAGACACAUUUCAAACCAUAGACGUGGCAAAGGGCACUUUGAGCAACACCAUCACCUUCCCCCCUUCGGGCAUGUUUGACGUAUCUGCAUCCAUCCAAGUCGCCUCCGCACAACGCGUCACCUUCCAUCAGUACCCCCCCCCCCCCCCAACGCACACACCUACCAAUCCUCCCUCCCACUUUCCCCCUCUCCCCCUCUCCCUCCCUUACACGCACAUGUUCAACAUGUCUGCAUCCAUCCACGUAGCCUCCGCUCGCAUCACCUUCCAUCAGUAUCCCCCAUCACCUUCCAUCAGUAUUCCCCACGCAUCCAUCAUCCCACUUAACCAUCCCUUUCGCUCCCAUCUCCCCCUCCGUUCCACUCCCUCUCUCCCACCUCUUCUUCUCCCCCUUCUCCUCCUCUCUCACACGUGUGACAUGUUCACAGGUGCUCGGCUAGUCACGGCGUCCUGGACACUACCUGUCCCACCCUUUGGUCAAGGAUGGUUUGACAACACCUACAUUGACAAGGAAAUCCGCAUCUCACGAGACUCGAGGGGUGACGUGCUUGUAGCAGAGCGUUCUGCACAGGACUAG